AUGUGUGAAAUCUGCCACCUGGCUAAAGCUGUGAAGACCUGCUUGACCUGCAAUGUCUCCCUCUGUGAGUUCGAUGUGAGGCAGCACUACAAAGUGGAACCGAUGCAGAGGCACAAGCUGUUAGAUGUGUCCGGUGAGGUCGAGGGCAAGCGCUGUCACCACAACCACAUGCCUCUAGAUUUCUUCUGCAGGACUGAUCAGAUGCCAAUUUGCCGCAUUUGUUCAGAGGGAAAUCAUAAGACACAUGACAUCAUCUCGCAGAACAGACAGUGUGGUGCAGCACAGACUAAGCAGCGCCAAGCCCCUUUCCGACCUGAUACAGUGGUGCCCCCUCCUGGUAAUAUCCAGUUUGUGUCAGUGAAGCCAGACAAAGUGACUCUAAGCUGGCAAGUUCCUGAGGGACUGGAGGGACCCAAAUCCUUCAGAGUGAAGUGGGAUUCUUCUGAAAAUGCUGAGAACUGCAUAACCAUCCAAGAAAAUAAUUUUGAAAUAAGCAAUCUUAAAAUGGGUGAAAACUAUGUCUUCUCUGUGGCUACAGAAGACAGCAAUGGCAAUUUAAGUGAAUGGAUCACAGCAUCUGUUUUUACAGCGGUGCCAGCACCCCAAAACUUGGUGAAAGAGCAGUCAGAGGCCACUGCUCUGUUAGUAAAAUGGACAAAAGGAGACAAAAUGGAGAAGAUCCCACAUAGAUUCCUAAUAACUCUCAAGAGCCCAGGAAAAGAGCCAUUGGCAAUAUACACUGAAGACAGUCACAGGCUGUUGUCAGACUUAAAGCCUGACACAGAGUACAUCAUCUCUGUCUGUUCGGUGCUGAACAAUCAAAGGCGUAGUAAGCCUCUCUCUAUAACCAUACACACAAAGCCCUGUCUCAAGGAGGUGCUAUCAGAGAUUGGACUUAGAGAGCGGUAUGAAAACAAGCUCACACUGAGCACUAUCAUCGAGAUUGAUCAAACUGAUACAGCAGAGAAUAAACCUGAAACCAUGCAGGAACUUCCAUGGGCCUUUUUGAAGAGACUCAUGAUGAUGGAUGUGAACGCCAGGAGUGUCAAAUGCAUUUCCAGUGAUGACAGCUUUAGCAGAGUUAACAAUAAAGGGAUUCAUCCUCUGGACAUCAUGUCAGCAUUACUUCACUGCUCAGAUGGCUUACUUCAACAGGAGAUAGUUAAGAAAAUGUCACUAUGCCAAUUUGCCAUCCCACUCUUGUUGCCUAACCAGGAAACAAAUGAAAUCACAAUGCUGCUGUGGUCCAUGCGUGAGAUUGUAAGGAAGUUUAGACUUUCCAGUCUUUCAUUCUCAAAAUCAGCUUGUGAAGAAAGAAUUGUGGUCUCUAAUAUUCCUUUAGUUUCAUUUGUCAGACUAGGGAAAACCCACUUGUCCAAGUCUCAGAUCUUGAACCAACUGCUGAGAAACCCUCAGGACCGCCAUGACACCUUUUGUCAUCAUAAUAUGGAGUGUGGUGAUGCUCCCAAGAGGAUUUCGGAUGGGCUAGUAGAAAUCAGCUGGUAUCUCCCACUUGGGGUCAAGAACCAAGACACUUUUACUGAGCCUGUCGCUGUAGCCAACCUAAGAGGAGACAUCAGGGUCUUUGACAAACAAUUCUCUUUCCUGUGUGAGACAUCCGCAGCUGUUUACAUUUUCUGUGAUGAAUCAGAAGCUGAUUACUUUAAGAUUUUAGAAAGCAGAGAUGUGAAGGCAGAGCUGUUUUUGGUUAUCCGUUCUCUGGGAAAACAUUUUAUGUUAACAAGGAUGACAGUGAAACCAAGCUUAAGGAUAACAAAUGUGAGUCUUAAGAAAAAGAAUGAGACUGAACUGGUGAAAACUCUUCAGGAAUCAGUUGCUAAGAUGCUACAAAACCCUACAAACACAGUGUCAUUGGAAAAUAUGGCUUGCAAGGCUCGUUCCUGUGGGAUUCAGGUGGAUGAAGAUUGUGAGGAAUGCCAGAGUUCCAGGAAAAAUGUAGAAAAGAUCACCAGGAACAUAACCAAUGCCUCAGAAUUCAAAGACAAACAACUACCCUCCCAGGGUCAUGUCUGGAAAAAACUUUCUUUGCUGGAAAAUGAGAGCUGUAGACUACGAAAGCUUGGGAAUCAAAGCAUUGAGCACUACCGCAAAGCUCUGAAAUCACAGGAGGAAGACCUCAGAAGGAAACAGCAAAGACUUCAGAUGACAGCUAAAAUGUCUGAAUUCCUUCAUGUAUUAGUAAGUUCAGAGGUGCAACAAUACUAUUUCCUCAAAUGGCUGGAGAUUGAUUUGGACAAUCUCACUCGGCAUCAGGUAUCAAGUUUGCAGGAUCAGUACAAAGACCUACGCCAGAAGUCUCCCCAGGAAACAGAAAGACUUGCAGAGAUUGACAAGCAAAUCUCUGAUUGUUCUUUAGGGCUGGGACACUUUCUCCGCGAGUGUGGGCAGUUAUAUACACAUGCAUGUAAUUUGCCAGAGUACAGCCGUCAAAGAAACCUCUUGGAACACCUUCCUGCAAUGUGUGCUCAGAUGCUGUUGGAUGGGUUCCCCCUUGAGCUUGUUGAUGGAGAUGCAUCAAACAUCCCAAUGAAAUGGAUCACCAGUGUACUUACUGAACUCCAUGAUAUUAUGCAUACCAACAGUAAGAUCAAGAUCAUUACAAUCAUAGGAGCUGAAAACACAGGGAAAUCAACUCUGCUUAACACCAUGUUUGGUCUCAGGUUUCCUGUUGGAGUAGGACGAUGCACCAGAGGUGCUUUCAUCCAGGUAAUCAGUAUCAACACAGAAGUCAGGGAGGAAAUGGGAUGUGACUGCAUCAUGGUCAUUGACACUGAGGGACUGAAACCACAUCAACUGGCUCAAGAUGACAACAGUCAUGAACGUGACAAGGAGGUUGCAAGCCUUGCUGUGGGACUAAGUGAUGUCACAAUUGUCAGUAUUUCCGAGGACAACUCCAGAGAGAUAUCAGACAUCUUAGAGAUUGUCCUACAGGCAUUCAGUAGACUGGGGAAUGUGGACAAGAGGCCAUUGUGUCAUUUUAUGCAUACAAAUAUUUCCAACAUGUCUACUCAUGAAAGGAAAAAAAGAGAUAAAGAGUUGAUGGAGCAGCUGAAUGAAAUGAUCCGGACAGACUCUAGGAUGAGGAGGGACAACAUCACUGACAUCUCAGAUUUGAUGGAGCAUGAUCCAAAGACUUGCAACUGGUACAUUCCUCAGCUGUGGAAUGGGACUCCCCCUAUGGCUUCAUUCAGUGCUGAGUAUAGCGACACAGUGCACGCUUUAAAAAAGCGAGUAAUCAUAGACCUGAAAAAACGCAGAGAAAGAGAUGAUCUGACACAUUUUGUCAAGAACAUAGAAAGCUUUUGGAAAGCUUUAUGA